UGAUGGAUGCAUGCGAAUAUAAAAUUGGAGGACCACCCCCAACAACGACGUGUUUUCAUCAUCAUCAUCAUCAUCAUCAUCAUCAAAUCUGAAUAUCCAAACCUCAUACUUGAACUUACAACCCCUACUUGACAAUGUCGGAAAUCCUCAUUGGAGAGUUCCUCCUUAAACGUAUCCGGGAACUGGGUAUUGAGACUAUCUUUGGUGUCCCUGGUGACUAUGAACUCGCGUUUCUGGAUCUCGUCGAACCUGCCGGUCUCAAAUGGGUUGGCACUCCCAACGAGCUAGUCGGUGCUUACGCGGCAGAUGGUUACGCGAGACAGAAAGGCGCCGGUGCAUUAGUAACCACCUUUGGUCCUGGUGAGCUGAGCGCACUGUGUGGAAUUGGUGGUGCAAACUGCGAGUCUGUGCCCAUCGUCCACAUUGUGGGAUAUCCAACCGAGGCGGCUCAGAAAAGCGGUAACAUUCUGCAUCACACCUUGGGUGAUUUGAAUUACAAUCACUAUGUCAAGAUCUCGGACGAACUUUCUUGCGCAACUACGAUUCUGCAUGAUGCCGCAACGGCAGUUGCUGAAAUUGACCGAGUUUUGAAUGCUAUGAUUUACCAUUCCAAACCCGUCUACAUCGGCAUUUCCGAAGAUGUUGCGUACAGCAAAGUCCCCAUCUCCGUCCUAGACUCCAAGCUUAUCCGCGGCCUGCCCUCCAGUGAUCCUACUAUUGAGAUAGGAGUCAUUGCCGACAUUAUCAACAAACUCGAGUCCGCCAGCAGCCCAGCAAUUUUGGUUGACGGCGGUGCUAGCAGAUCUAGCUGGGCAGCAUUCGUUGACCCACUCAUUGCUGUAUUGAAGGUGCCGGCUUUUGUUACCUGUUUGGGCAAGGGGGCUGUCGACGAGUCGUCGCCAUACUUUGCUGGCGCCUACGCUGGCCUAGGCUCGUGGCCUAAUGUUAUCAAGAUGGUUGAGGCUUCGGACUGCAUCUUGUGGUUGGGAAGAUUGCCGUCUGAUUUCAACACCGGGGCUUUUACUGAGCAUGUUGAUCUGUCGGCUGUCAUCGACUUGCAGCGUUUUUCAGUUGAGAUUGGAGGAACCAAAUUCGACGCCAAGAUCAACCAUGUCCUGCCGAAGUUGAUUGAUACCAUCAAGCAAAACUCCAUCCUAGCAUCACGUCCUUCUCGUCCUCUCAUCCCGCGCCCACCGCUCCCUCAAAGCGCAGAAUCGGAUUUCAUCACCCAGGACUGGGUGUGGGAACGCCUGUCGUCCUUCCUCAAACCUGGCGAUCUUCUUGUCAGCGAGACGGGAACCGCGCAAGUUGGCGUCUUGAGCACCAAACUCCCUUCUGGCGCUAGUCACUGGACGCAAGCCGUCUGGGGGAGCAUCGGUUACGCAACGGGUGCAGCCGUCGGAGCAUCCAUCGGCGCGAAGGAGACGGGAAAAUUCAAGCGUCUCGUGCUGCUGACCGGCGAGGGAUCGCUGCAGAUGACUAUCCAGGCAUUCUCGAUUUUGAAUCGUCAUGGCAUUGUACCUGUUGUUUUCAUCCUAAACAACAGCGGCUACACGGUUGAACGCUACUUUUGUGGCUGGGAAGCUAUCUACAACGACGUUCCAGCGUGGGACUAUGGCAAGAUCUUCUCGGGGCUGGCACCCAACUCCGGUGCCAGGGGAUACAAAGUCACCUCGCGCAAGGAAUUUGACGCUCUGCUGAAUGAUCCUGACGUGCAGAAUGCCACGUAUCCGCAGGCCAUCGACUUUGUGAUGACCAAGGCCGACGCGCCGACACCAUUGAAGUGGAUUUUCAAUGGAAAGAAGGGCUGAACACGAAGGUCUCAUAUUGGGCCGAUCCACUUCAGCUUUUGAGUAAAGAAAGCGCCAGCUGGCUAGCAUAAGAAUCACUCAUUAUCGAAAGCACUCGUUAUUAUUGAAUGCACUCAUUAUUAUUGAAUACACUCAUUAUAAUUGAAUACACUCAUUAUAAUCGAAUACAAUUCAUUGUUAAGUUAUUGCGAAUAUCAUAUGAUGGGGACCGUGCUUACCCCUAACCAACUCGUUACACAGAACCGUAAACCAGCACAGCAGUGUCUCAGAUCCCUUCAAAGAUAGUGUCUCACGAAUCAGCAAUUUCACGUAUUUUCUCCUCGAACCACCCACCAUACCCAAAAAUUUUUAAAGGCAUGCACGGUAACCUAUCAAUCCCUUCG